ACCGAGGAGGAGAACACUUGUUACCUAAUAUGAAGACUCGAGCGUCGUGUAAGCUGUUGGUCGAGUCGAUGCAGCGGUUCAAUGCACGUCAGAGGGAUGCAGUUGGUGAGAUUGGUAUUGACCAAAUCCUUCAUCUUCGUGUGCAUGAUGUUCCAUUGCACAUGGCUUGUUGGAUUCUAGAGAAUUUUGACCCAAAGAACAUGACUUUGAGGGUUGAGAACGGAGUUGUUACCCCCCUGUGAGGAGGAGGAUGUAAAGGUCACACUUGGUUUGCCACGGGGGGACAUUGUCAUCACCAAGCGCCUCAAGGAUGUUGUUAGUGACACUUUGUGUGAAUGGAGACGGUUAUUCAUGAGACAAAGCAUGAUGUCAGAUUGACCGUGUUUGGUGAGGCUAUGGUUUCGCGAUUAGUGGGCGAUGCGUGGCUCAAGUGCCACUUCACUGUUAUAGUGGUUAGCACCCUUAUCUCAGUCAUGGGGAAUGGAUAUGCUAACCAACGGGUGUUCCAACAUUUUGAGGAUGUAGAGAAAAUCAAGUACCUCAAUUGGUGCAAGUUUUUGUUGGAUUGUUUGGUUAACGUGCAUGCCAAGUGGAUACCGAACAAAUACCAACCGUUUACUGGCCCCAUUGUAUUUAUGACGGUGUUUUAUGUGGACAGGGAUGCACACUUAGCUAGGGUGAUCCAACGUACGGUCCCUUCUGUGCGUGGGUGGACAUCUAAACUAUUGAGGGAGCGCGAGUUCUUAGAGAUUAGGGCAGGCGGGUUUGGUAGGGUAUGGUUGAGGUUCAUUCGGGUCAUGAUUGUGGUGUGCACAGGGAGGAGGCGUCCUAACAGAUGAGGUCACU